AUGCUUGAGCGUCUGCUGUUAGAUUGAGGCAAGUUCACUAACAAAGAGAUUACCGAGAGAAAAAAAAGAUUUAUCGGUUUCUGAAGUUCUCUCUUUCUAACACCUGAAUGAAAAGCCCUCGUCUCUCUCUCUCUCUCUCUACGAAGUUGCCGUCCUCUUGAUUUCUCCUUUGCAGUUCGGUGGCUCGACAAUCGGUUUUACAAGAACUUCACCAGAAAUCGAAUUUUAGCUGCAGGAGCAAAGAUAGAAAUUUAGCAGAGUCCUGGUGUGGGAUGUCAGUUAGACGAAAAGAUACAGCUUCGGAACAGGGCGAGAUCGGGAUCGGUUCUUCAUGGAUCCAGGAAACCUCAGCUAAAGCCACUUCGACGAACAGGGGAGAAAAUCAGACUAGAAGUGAAAGAUUAGCUUCAGCUAACCAGGCGGCUCGAGCAAGUCUAUCUGGGUCGGAUGAAUUUGUGCAACAAACACAAUGCCAAAGGGAACCCGCAUGUUAUGCUUCAGUGAGUGUAAAUAAUGCAAGUAGAGUUGCCGUUGCCAUGACCACCAAUUCCCGUGUUUACGAGGAGAAUCUGAUUGGUUUCGAGAGUUGGGUGGCCAGAGAGGCUGCCUAUUCCCACAUGUUUGGAAAAGGUUCAAGGAAUGACCCAGACCAGUGGUCAAAUGUCUCAUUUAUGAGUCUCUUGAAUGUAAUUGGAACGACGGGAGAAACGGGUAAUGCCCUCACGCAAAGUAAUUUUGCCACGAGCAGCAGUGCUUCAUCUUGCUGUUUUCACCCUCAAUUUGACCAUACUGUGAUAGAAGACCCACUUGAUAGGAGUGGGGUUUCAAAUCCUUAUUUCCAUCGAAAAGUUGAAGGAAGACAGUUUACUAUGAGUACUGGAAGUACCUCCCUGCAAGAUCAACACACCAUGCUUGGAGCAAAUUCUGAUGCUCAAGGGAAAGUACCAGACACUGUCACUGAUAGGAGUUCACUCCCCUCUGGGGACUUGCUCAAUCUUAAUUCACCACCCAGAAUGAUUACCGAUGCAGCUUUGAGAAGGAGAACUCUGUGUCAGUGUGAACCUAAAACACCAGAGAAGACAAACAGAGGUGGCCAGCAGGAGCCUGCAAUGAAACAUUCAACAAUAGAUGAAGCACGUACGAGAGAAAAGAACUCCAUCAUUAGUGAUGGAGUGAUGCGGCUGCAUGAGAAAGAAAAGUCCCCUCUGGUGAACGAUCAAUUUAGAGAGGUCACGUCAACAGAGUUGCAGGAUUAUCACAAGCUUGACAAGGGAGGCAUGGAUGAAGCUGAUUUACUCCAAACCCCUCAGCAGAAGACUAGGAGGAAAAAGCACAGGCCAAAGGUCAUAAUUGAGGGUAAAAAGAAAAGAACUCCGAAAUCAAGUGCACAGAAAACUAGUGUUCCUCAGGACACCACGAGAGUCAAGAGGAAGUAUGUUCGGAAAAAUGGUGUUAACAGCCCCUUAGGAGGGGGAUUGGGAACCAAUGGAGCUGAGCCAGAUAAUAAAACUCCUAGUUCUAAUGAAACAGCUUUAAGAAAGAGAAAGCACAGAAGAAGAAAAGGAAUCAGCAACUCUGGAGAUGACACUGAUAAGGAAACCACUAAAACAACAGAAAUACAGGGGGAGCAGCAUACUCGAAGAUCCUGCCGAAGAUCUCUGAAUUUCAACUCAGUCGACCCAGUAAGAGAUGGAAACUCCCCAGAUUCCUCUUCAAAUUGCGAAAGGGAAUUGCAAGCUAGUAACUUCAGUCCAAAAGAUCAGCCAGAAACAGAACAGCAUCAUCCCCAUUGCCCCUUGCUAAUCACACAAAAGGAAAACCACAUGCCAACAGAUCAAAGUGUUUCUUCCAUAGGGAAAUGCCAAAUAGUAUUCUCAGACGUUACACAUGUUAAAGAGGCUAACACUGUUCAAGUGGGCAUGAAUCCUGAUGGCCAAUUGACACCAAAAAGCCGUAGUGACUCCAUCAACAGCAGCACAUGUUUAAAAAGACAUAACAUGGAUAUACCUGUGGAAGCAGCACUUGGAAACAGAAACGAAUCAGGAAUACCAUAUAAUUCUCUGCAGGCGUACCUUUCUACUUUAACACAGAAUGCUGAUGCUGGCACACCUGGAUUACAUGUUCCAGAUAUUUAUAAGAAAAAGAGGACAGAGAAGGUAUACAGUACAGUGACAUCCAGUAUGCAGAUUACAGAGUACUCAGAGAAUGGUGGGAAACUUGAAAGACAAACUCUCAGAGAUCCUUGCAACAAAACGUUUAUGCCAUCAUCUAAUCAGGGACCUUAUAGUGCCCAAAGUCAGGUUAUUAAUCUGCAAACAACUAAAUAUGCAACUGAUGGGAGGCAAGUGUAUGAAGAUCUGUUAGCUUUGGAACCCACGCAAAGAAUUAAGAGAAGAAGAUCAAAAGCCCCUACUUGUCAGAGGAAUGUAGCUUCACCAAUGGAAAACUGUAAACAGUGGCUAAAUUUUUCAAGCAAAGCAGCAACAGUUUCUAGAACUCCACAAAAUAUUGAAAGUCUCAACGAACCAUUUACAUGCAUUGAAGCUCUUGUGGCCGACAACCAAUCAACAAUGGCAACCAAGAAGCGGUCAAAGAAAAGCAUCCUUAUCAAUUCAACAGUGCAAAAUUUGUAUAAUCACCAAAACUUUGCUGGCUUUUCAAUGGGACCACCACCGGCUCUAACAUGGAAAAACAUGUCUCUAGUUGAUUCAAUCACUGAUAAACUUAGCCAAGUAGACCUAAAUGUCGAAAGCAGCAUAACAGAAGAAAAGUAUAAUGCAUUUUUCAGAAAAUAUUAUAAAGAGCAUUAUGCUCUUGUUCCAUAUCAAAAUUUUGGAGCUGUUGUCCCUUUUGAUGCUUCAUUUGAUCAAGUGAGAAGAAGAAAACCACGGGCUAAAGUUGACCUUGAUGAUGAGACAACAAGAGUGUGGAAACUUUUGUUAGAAAAUAUAAACAGUGAAGGGAUCGAUGGGACCAAUGAGGAAAAUACAAAAUGGUGGGAAGAAGAACGAAGAGUAUUCAUUGGAAGAGCAGAUUCAUUCAUUGCACGCAUGCAUCUUGUACAAGGAGAUAGGCGCUUUUCUCCAUGGAAGGGAUCAGUUGUAGACUCAGUAGUUGGUGUUUUCCUCACUCAGAAUGUUUCAGAUCAUGUUUCCAGCUCCGCCUUUAUGUCACUUGCUGCUAGAUUCCCCGCUAGGCCAAAGAUCCACCCAGAAGAACUACGUAAUGACAGAUCAGAUGGCGCAACCAAUGAGCCCGAGGUCUGUGCGCUUGAAAAUGAAGGGUACUCCGUGUUGACCAAAGAGAUCUUAAAUAAGACAGUCUGCAGUGAUGAUACUAAAACACUUCAAGAUUUUGAAGAAAGUAGUAUUAGAGAAGCGAACAGUGUGAUACCCUCUCUAAAUGCGUCAGGGAAUGACAGUUCUGUACAAGGCAACUUCAGAGGUCAAGCAGCAACUACUUCUCUUGCUCCAGUUAUUUCCUGUGAAAAAAUUAUAGCAAACAGAUCUGUCUGUUUGAACAAGGAUGGUAGAGACACAGAACACACCCUUUUCUCUCAAACGCCGGAGAUUUCUUCUCAGAACUCUGCAGUUACCCCAAUAGCAGUACAAACCACAGGAAAAAGUGAUUCGUGCUUAUUUAGCACCUCAGAAGAAGAGCCGGCAGCUGGGGUUAAACCAAAUUGGUUGACUAACCCAACAUCUUUCAUAAAGCUUCUAGAGAUUGCGGACAAUGUACUACAGGGGAUUCAUGGAGAAGGCAGUGAGAAAAGAAAUCCCAAUGGAAGAUGCUAUAUACCAUCAGAAAGCUUGCCUUGCAGCUUGCUGAAUGAAGAUUAUUUAGGCAACUCUACUGUACCUGCUAAAACUAUUGCAGCCUGUAAUCAGACGUCUUUUUAUCAUGUGCCAGCUUUGGGAGCACAAUCAACAGGCUUUGACUUGUAUCAGAAAAACAGCAAGGUCUCAGAUAGUUCCAGCGAGAAAGAACUUUGUACAGGUGAAAUAAGUGAACUCUCUUCAGAAUCAUUUUCAGGAACAACAUCUCGGAAGUCAACAACUAUUGAAUUUGGGGUUCCAAAUCUUCCCAGUUCAAUUGCUCACUCAAGCAGCAACCAGCAAAUUGAGAUACAUCAAAUGAAAGUUGACGAACAAAGAGGCCAGGCACUAGCACAGAAGAAGCUGCCGGAGGAUUCAGAAAAAAACACCAAUCAAAAUCUGAUGGAUGCUACAGCUAGUAGUACCAACAUUGACAGUUUAGAACACUCAGAGCAUAAGGAAGUAAACUCAAAUAAGAAUGGCCUCAAUAGCCAUCCUGAGCAAACGAUUAAUGGACCCAAUUCAAUAGGUGAAAGAAUCAGUAAAGAAAAGGAGAUCAAAGUUGAUUGGGAUCAAUUAAGAAAACAUGCACUCUUUAGUGGAAGAAAAAAUGAAAGAACGGACUUCACCUUGGACUCAGUGGACUGGGAUGCCAUCCGAUGUGCAGAUGUUAAUGAGAUCGCCCAUACUAUUAAAGAAAGGGGAAUGAACAAUGUACUGGCAGAAAGAAUCAAGGACUUCCUCAACCGCCUUGUUAGAGACCAUGGAAGUAUUGAUCUGGAAUGGCUUAGGGAUGUUCCACCAGAUAAAGCAAAAGAGUACCUAUUGAGCGUAAGAGGUUUGGGUUUGAAGAGUGUGGAGUGUGUACGGCUUUUGACUCUUCAUCACCUUGCCUUCCCAGUCGACACCAAUGUUGGCCGUAUAGCAGUACGAUUAGGGUGGGUUCCUCUUCGACCAUUACCUGAGUCACUUCAGCUACAUCUACUAGAACUGUACCCUAUAUUGGAGACAAUUCAGAAAUAUCUGUGGCCCAGGCUCUGCAAGCUUGAUCAAAAAACACUAUAUGAGCUACAUUAUCAAAUGAUCACUUUUGGAAAGGUAUUUUGCACAAAGAGCAGGCCAAAUUGCAAUGCAUGUCCAAUGAGGGGAGAAUGCAGGCACUUUGCAAGUGCAUAUGCAAGUGCAAGACUUGCUCUCCCAGCACCACAGGACAAAAGCAUCGUGUGUACAGCUGAAAAUAAGAAAGCUGAUCAAAACCCAGUCAGAAGUAUGGAUACCUUGCUGUUGUCAUCUCCUCAAACUGAAGAAAUGGAUCAUAAAUUUAGAGUCACCAACUUGCAGUUGACAUCUCCUCAAAGUGAAGAAAUGGAUCCUAGAUCUAGAGUAAGCAACUCUCUGCCCAUCAUUGAAGAGCCACAAACACCAGAGCCUAUUAUUGAAGUUCCCAACACACCAGAACCAGAUGAUAUGCCAGAUCCAGAAUGUGAUAUUGAGAAUCCUUUUAGUGAAGAUCCUGAUGAGAUCCCCAUCAUCCAACUGAACAUGGAAGAGUUCACUCACAACUUGCAGACAAUCAUGCAGCAAAAUACAGAACUGCAGGAAGGAGAGAUGUCAAAGGCCUUAGUAGCUUUAACUUCAGAAGCUGCUUCAAUACCAGUGCCAAAGCUUAAAAAUGUUAGCCGGCUCCGAACAGAGCAUCAAGUCUACGAGCUUCCUGAUUUGCAUCCACUACUAGAAGGGAUGGAUAAACGGGAACCUGAUGAUCCUUGCCCCUACCUACUUGCUAUAUGGACCCCAGGUGAAACAAAGGAUUCUAUUGAACAACCGGGGAGAAGAUGCAGCUCCCAAGAACCCGAGAAACUCUGCACAGAUGAAACCUGUGCAUCAUGCAAUUGUAUACGAGAAGCAAAUUCUCAAACUGUUAGGGGAACUCUUCUGAUACCAUGCAGAACAGCCAUGCGAGGAAGCUUUCCACUAAAUGGAACAUAUUUUCAAGUAAAUGAGGUAUUUUCUGAUCAUGAAAGCAGCCUAUCCCCAAUGGACAUACCAAGAAAGUGGUUAUGGAACUUGCCAAGGCGAACAGUCUACUUUGGAACAUCAAUACCAACUAUUUUUAAAGGGCUGUCCACAGAAGGAAUUCAGUACUGCUUCUGGAGAGGGUUUGUCUGUGUCAGGGGCUUUGACAGGAAAACAAGAGCCCCUCGUCCCCUGAUUGCCAGAUUGCACUUCGCUGCCAGCAAGCUAAGCAAAGGGAAAGGAAAGGCAGAUGAAAGCUAGACAUAGAAUGCAGUUAGUGUAAGCCAUGGUUGAAAGUUAGCUGCUCUAAAAGCAAAUGAUAUGGUGCAUUUGCUUGUAUCAUACUAUAAACGAAUGUCAAGGUUGUACCAGUUGCAAAUAAUAACAUUUCAUUACCACCUAGAGAAUCUUGGCAUCUUGUAGGAAUCUAGGAUUGCUAUUUCUUUUAAUUUGUUGCUUCAGAAAUAAAAUUAGCAGCAAUUUGAACAGUAA